CAAAUGGUGUUCUACUUUCAGUAUAAUUUGAGUUAGCCGAGGCCGUAAAAAUGGCAGAAGUCCCGACGUAAUCAUGUCUAGUGAUGGCCGAGCUUUAACCAUCAGCUCUCGAAUCCCGUUCGAGGCUGGGCAGCUUUCCCUUCAAGAGCUGGGGUUUGACGAGGCGCUAACACGCGCUGGUUUCGGCAAAUAUCAAUAUGGCGUGAUGGCAACUUUAGCGUUAGCUUAUUUUGCCGAAAUAGCGGAAGAAAGUAUUAGCUUCAUCACUGGUCCUGAAUUACUGUGUCAGUGGAAUUUAAAAGGCUGGCAAGAGGCUUUAACUACUACUGCUCCAUUUAUCGGAAUGUUUUUCGGAGCUCUAGUGUGGGGCAAAAUUGCGGAUAUCUGGGGACGGAAGCCAAUCUUGCUGGCUAUUUGUAUCUGGACUGGCUACUACGGAAUCAUCAGUUCUUUCUCUCCGUCAGUUGGCUGGUAUUUUGUACUAAGACUUCUAUGCGGCUUUGGCAUCGGAGGUAUUCAUACAGUUCCGACUUACGCUGCCGAACUAGUGGAGACAAAACAAAGAGCAAAGUGUAUGCUGAUUCUCCAUGUUUUAUCAGGACUGGCGCCUCUUUUCACAGGAAUUGCAGCUUAUUUCUUAGUUGAUAUUUCCAAAUAUGGAUGGCGAUAUUUAGUGGUAGUUUGCUCACUGCCCCAGUUUGUGUGUUUUGUAGCUGCAUAUUUAGUUCUGGACGAAAGUCCCAGAUAUCUGUUGGUUAGCGGCCAAACCAGUAGAGCCAAGUGGAUUCUAACCAAAAUGGCAGCAAUUAAUCGAGCCCAUCUUCUUUUCGGUGACGUCAAGCCCAUCACAAAGCCCUCGCGAGGCAAAUACGCGAAUCUUUUUGCAACGAAAGAAUUGACGAGGUUGACGAUCUGUCAAUGCGUGCUCUGGUUUUGCACCAUGGGAACUGGGUUCGGAAUGGGAAUGUUGUUCACGGAGUCUCUACAAGCUGCCCGAAGCAACACAGACUCGGACCGAGAAACUUGUUUCACUUCUGAUGAAGUAAAUUACUGCAGAGCCUCGUGCCAUUCUUUAGACUCAAGUGACUAUGGAAUGAUUCUUAUCAGCCAUGUGCAUAUCAUAAUUGGUGCGUUUAUUAGUAUGACUCUAUCGAAUAUAGUUGGACGAGUGAGACUCAUGCUAGCUUGUAUGGCUUUGUAUUGUUUUGUCACCUUCUUUCUAUUUUUCUGUCCCAACCCUAUAGUGGCGCUAAUUUUAAUCACUCUUUGUAAAGUAUUCAUUGUGGCUACAGUACAGGCUAUGUAUUUAUAUCUGUGUGAAGCGUAUCCUACAAAUAUUAGAGCCACGGCCAUAGGUGUGGGCACUUCAUGUAGUAGGAUAGGCAUGAUCAUGACCCCUUUUGUAGCUCAAGUAUUGGCUAAAUCUAACUUUGCCAUGGCGCUGUCUGUCUAUGUAUCGAUGGGAGUCGUAACUAUGAUUACGAUAAUGAUGCUGCCUUUUGACACUACAGGGAAACAAAUUAGAGAUAAAUAGUUUUUACUAACUUCGCUUUGAGGAAACUCAUAGUAAUUAGCAAUAAGUACUGAUUUCUGACCCUUCAGUAAAGCCUUAAUAAUCAUCGAAUUCAAGGAAAUAAUAGGAUUAGCUGAGGCAGUUUUUCAUCAAUCUUUUUGCUACGAUGAUGUAAAUAAGAUACAAUAAUGAGUUUUUGAAAAAUUUGCUUUCUUGAGCCAUCUAAAUGGGCUUAUAAACUGCUCAGCAAUCUUUGCAUUCAAACUUUGUUCAGUGUGUCUCGUUACUAAUUUCAGUUGCCAUAUCAAUUAUAGAUACAUAGCAUUUAUUUUAGAAAUCUUUCUACUUGCCUUUUUUGCAAUAGUAAAAAGUACAAGGUAAAUUGUUUGUGCUCACAGCUUAAAGGCCGAAAUGAAUGUAAGAGAAGAGCUUAUUUUUAAGUAUAAAAAUUGGUUUUCUGAAAAUGCACACCAAAGUUUAAAAUCAGUUCGACUGGCUCAACUUUCUUCUGUUCCUAAUGUUUUUUAAUUAGCCCCCGGUUGUGCUCAAUGCAAGACCAACCGUUUCUUAAUUCAAUCUAGGGAAACUUCGCUCACUAUCGGUGUCCAUUAUAUUAAAAUGUUCACCUAACUUAAUGUUAUAAUGAGUAAGUUUCAGUUAAUUCUUUAUUAGUUCAACUCUUUCAAGUGCAAACAAUUAUUUUCCUCUAUUGAUGUUUGUAAAUUUGAUCCUAACUUAUUUGUAAUAAAACAUUUGAAUUGUUUAAUAUCAAUGUACAUUUAUGUAUCUAGUGAAUUCUAAUUGUCUUUA